AUGGUCGAUGAUGGACAUCGAUUUUCAGCUCAGGCGGAAGACUAUGGUCGUAUGCUGGGCCGCGGAAACCUGCCACUGGAUCAGUUCUUCAAGGAAGCAAAGAAGCCCGUAGUUAAUGUCCAGGAUCUAAACCGAACUCGGAAGUUCAACGCAGAAGAUCGAUUCCAAGCCACGGCAGCACGGGACUUGAUACCCGUGAUAGGGCGGCCGGAGCAUGGUUUUGUGAGUCAGGGUAUGGAUACCUCAAAGGAUGAGGGGCUGACGCCAUUGUUGGCGAAGGAAACUGAUACUCCAAUUCAGCGUAAUUUUCUAGAAGAGUUGCCGCUCUUUCAUCCUUCGUCUUGGUACGUGCCGAUGACUAAUCAUUCGUUUGGCAUGGGUUAUAUAAAUCAGAUCCGGGCGGAGUACGAGAAAAAGAAGCAUCCGGCAUCAAUGGAAGAGGAUACAGCGUUGGUAUGUGGACUUGAAUGGCAUUCAGCUCGGUUUGAGGCAGCGCCUCGUCUGCUGGCCCACCAGGCGGUGGAUCGCUUGAAGGAAAGCGGACGCGUGUUGCUUGGUGCUACGGAGGAGGCGAAUUGGUUGCGUAAUGAGAUCGAGUCCGUAACUCCCAUUCACAAUCCGAACACCAUGAUUCAGCUGUUGGGCGAGGUUGUGGACCCUCUGCCGGAAGUCCACGGGAAGGGGAUUAGCACCCAUGAGAUAUCCGUCAUCCGUCGGCUGGCUCCGCGUCGUCCGAUGCGAUUGUAUCCUUGUCUCAUGAAACAGCAUCCCGUCUAUCGCGAACUGGAGGAGCCUAAGAAGAAGAUGCAGGAGACCAGAACGGAUCCUCAGUUGUGGAUGGUCACGCGUAACCAGUCCGGGAAGUUCGGCUACGUGUGCCAGCCUUUGGGUGACCUCGAAGCAAUGGUCACGAUAGCGGACGCCAACCGAGUGGACAAACAAGUUGGCACCGACGACGUUGAAGCCACCGAGAAGGGCAACACGAAGCAAAUCGUAGACGUCACAAUAGAGCACGACAAGCCACCGUUGGUAGUUGGUCAAGACGAGCAAGAGACUAGACGAAUACAGUGUGCCCGACAAAAAUUGAUCACAAAUCGAUACAAGCACAAGUGGCAAAAGCAACGGGUCGAAGUGGAUACAGUCAUGAAGCCCAGAGAGCUGAACCCCCGAGAUAUGUACCUGCCAAGAUACCAGGCACCCACGUACCUUGGAGACCAAGCUGGGGACAACGCAAAGGCAAACAGAAAGGGGGACAACGCUGACAAAAGCCGAAGAAGUCGGAAACAAAAGAAAUCAGGGGCUAAGGCUGUCGUCGAUGACGACAAGUUUGUUGAGGCUUUCUUUAACGAUUCGCUCAUAACGGCUGAGGCUGGUGCCGAUACCACUGUCAUCAUACCCGAGCACGGACCAUUCAGCGCGAGUUCUCGAACAAACCGAGCCAAAAAAAUACAGGCUGCCAAAUAUUCGAAUUCACAGCACGAAAUUGAGAAACGACUUGAAGACUGGCGGUCCGCGAUGUACAACAGAAUUAUUGCCCCCAUAUACGAAUCUCGAGCAGCCGUCUACGAUCCCGAGCACCCAGCGUCCGUGUGA